UGAUCGACAACGUUUCCACGAGCUAGCAUUCGAUCGUUGUCAGAAUCGUUGUCAGAAUCGUUGUCAGUCCCGUUUGGCUCCAUACAGUUGCGUAGAGUCUCUAAAAAGAGCUCUUGCAUUCACCCAAGCUUGACAGCUAACAUUAGCCCGAAGCAUAGGAUAUAAACACGCGCCGUUGAGCCUCGACAAUCAUCCUCGUCUGCCCCUUCACCUGCCAUCUAUCCUCAUACCAUCUUGUUACCGCACUUGCUGCCAUGUCGGUCAACAUCUUCGACUUGCAAUUUGAACAACACCGUUCGGCUUUAGGCAUCCAUCAGACCGCGCCACGAAUAUCUUGGCGCUUCGAAGGCGAUGCCGCAAACUGGACGCAGCUUGGAUACGACCUCGAGAUUACGAGACAGGGAGCCGCCCAAGUCUUCCACGUCGAUUCCCAAGACUCGGUCUUCGUCCCGUGGCCGACCGUUCAGCUGAGCGAAGGCGAGUCCGCCUUCGUACGCGCCAAAGCCUACGGGAACAACGGUCAACCAGAGACCUCCUGGUCUAAAUCAGUCGCCGUCGAAACCGGUUUGCUAUCAUCGGAGUCUUGGCAGGGAGCACUAACUAUCACGACGCUUGAUAAGAGGGCUGAUCGUAACGCCACCCAGCACCCGGCACUCUUCAGGAAAGACUUCUCUGUCGAUGGCGAAGUGCAGUCGGCGCGACUCUACAUUACUGCUCUUGGCAUAUACGAAGCGGAGCUGAACGGUCAACGCGUCGGAGAUUAUGUCCUCGCCCCGGGUUGGCAGUCAUACGCGCACCGUCACGUAUACGACACGUACGACGUCACUGCCGCGCUGAAGUCCGGCGACAACGCCAUCGGCGUGAGCAUCGGGGAAGGCUGGUUCUCCGGCCGACUCACGUGGGGUGGUGGGAUCAACAACGUCUACGGUGAGGAUCUCGGGCUCAUGUCUCUGCUCAAGAUCGGCUACAAGAAUGGGACGACUCAGUACAUCGGCACCGACGAAACUUGGAAAUCUACUGAAGCGCCAACUUACUCAUCCUCGAUCUACGUCGGCGAAUCCUUCGACUCGCGUCUUGUACAGCAAGGCUGGUCAUCCCCCGGCUUCGAGAACCAGACUGCUUGGAAAGGGGUGCGGCCUACGCUUGGCCCAAGCCACCUCGUGCACGCCGACGGCCCUGCCAUACGUCGCGUCGAAGAAGUCUCCCUAAAAAGCGUCACUUCCAGCCCCAAGGGCGCCACCUUGCUCGAUUUCGGACAGAACCUCGUCGGCUGGCUGAGGAUCAAGGUCAACGGCCCAAGCGGGACGACCAUCAAGCUCACCCACGCCGAGGUCCUCGAGAACAGCGAGAUCGGAACACGUCCCCUACGAGGCGCUCUCCAGACAGACUACAUCGUUCUGAACGGAGAGGGCGAGCUCACGUGGGAGCCUAAAUUUACCUACCAUGGAUUCAGAUACGUCCAAGUCGAAGGAUGGCCGCAGGAAACGCCGCUGGAUAGCAACAGCGUUGUAGCUGUGGUAGUCCAUACCGAUUUACCUAGGACCGGAUACUUCAGGAGCAGCAAUGACAAGCUGAACAGGCUUCACGAGAACGCUUUGUGGUCUAUGAAGGGUAACUUUAUGAGCGUUCCUACGGAUUGCCCACAAAGAGAUGAGAGAUUGGGAUGGACCGGAGAUGUCACUGCCUUUGGGCCGACGAGUGUCUUUCUCUACGAUACAUCUGGAUUCUGGAAGGGAUGGAUGAAGGACGUGAAUGCUGAGCAGGCUGAUGCUGGAGGAAUUCCGCCCGUGCUAGUCCCUCACGUCCCCCAAGGAUGGACAGCCGGCGGAUACCCGGCCACCGCCAUCUGGGGCGACGUAGCCGUCAUCCAUCCGUAUACCAUCUUCCAAGCCUUCGGCGACUACGACCUCCUCCGCGAACACUGGUCCGGUGUCAAACUCUGGCUCGAUAACGGCAUUAAGCGCGAUCCUAGCGGGCUGUGGGACCGUUCCACCUUUCAGUUCGGCGACUGGCUCGACCCGCUCGCCCCUCCUUCGGACCCGGGCGCCUCUCAAACCAAUAAGUUUCAAGUUGCCGACGCCUACCUCGUUUAUGGAACCGGCCUAGCUGCGCAGAUGGCAGAGUGGCUUGGGGAGACGGCAGACGCAGAACGGUACAAGAUAGCGUACAAAGACCUCAAGACCAAGUUCCAAGAAGUAUGGAUCAAUCCGGACGGCACGAUAAAAAGCGAGACGCAGACUGGGCUCGUUUUGCCUCUAUACUUCGGUUUGAUUCCCGACGCAGAAAGUGCUACGCAACGUCUUCGGGAUAUCAUCGAACAGAACCAGUACAAAGUCGGGACCGGCUUCGCCGCAACGCACUAUCUCGGUCUUGGUCUCUCCGCUGUCAACGCGACGGACACCUUCUACGGCAUGAUUCGUCAAGAAGAGGUCCCAGGCUGGCUAUACCAGGUGAAGAUGGGCG